AUGCCUUCACACGUCCAGUCAACCUCCCCUCCACCUCGAAGGCGGAGGGCUUUGGAAGAGCGGAGCUCCGCUCAUACCAACGAAAGAUCACCCACUCGAUCCAUACAUAGGGUUCGAACUCAAGAAGAUGUGAAUGAGAUGUAUAUGGCCACCCCAUUUCCAACAAAACCAGAACAGAUCUUACUACCCGUUCCUGGCAAAGGUCAACAGGAGUACAUUUCAGAUACCGGGCUUAGAUAUUCUAGUGCAGGCCCAUCCUCAGCACCCUGGUCACCGACAUUCAGUCAUGACACGCGAAGCAGCAUGCGAGAGCACUCCAUUGGCGAGUGGGAUACAUCAACAGUGGACCCGGGCAACUCGCCGCCUGAAAUGUGGGAUGAAGAUCCAACGUCCAGCAAGUCAUCUUUGCCGGAAUUUGCAUCAGCCAAGCCGGAAGACUUUCACUCGGAUGAAUCAGAAGCUGAAUUCUCAGACGACGACUUGAUCGUGCUACCUACCGCGACUCCGACAAUUAAAGCGGUUAUAUCUGAACCUCCUACGUCCCCAAAGUCUGAGCUAGCAGAUGAUAGUACCAUGGGUUAUUCGAGUCCCAAUUUCCAGCCCAUUGGAGCUCCAUCUAGCCCCAACUUUGUCACCUUGGACAACUCAAGUGUCAACUUCCUGCCUCGAGGCCGUGGCUCAAAUUCGAACUCCGAUUCCGAACAUCGAGCGGACUCAUUAUCAUCAUGGAACUCACGAGGAACUGCGGUGCGACACGCUGGUGCAGCGCAGUGGACGUUCGUAGCCUCAUCAGAGCGACCAAGCCUUUCGAAUUCGUCGUCCUUCCAUUCAAGUCCUCCUACACAAUCAGUUGCAUCGUUCCAAGCCAUCUCGCGCCGACUUUCAGAAAGCCGAUCGCGGUCUGCCACUUCGUCCUCGCGCAGCCUCCGCUCGGUAUCGGAUAUGGUCAAUGAUAUCCAAGCCGCUAUGGAAAGUGGUGUUCCUAUUCAAUAUCCCAGGAUUCGCGGCCCAUCGUCAAGCUCUCGAGCGGAGACCUCCGAGUCGUCUGAACGUGACUUUACCCCGGGCCCGGUAUCAGGCCGUUGGAAUCCUCACCUAUCUCGAGUAUCAUCAGUCUGGUCUGCAGAAGAAUUUGCCGAAAAACAAGCCGAGGAGGAGACAUCGAGCACCGCAUCGGAGCUCGUUGUUUCAUCUUCUGUGGCACUUGAUUCCAAAGCUAGUAAAUCUACUGUCUGGCUUGUGAACAACGCAGAAGAUGAUGAGCACUUGGACAGCUUGACCAAUCUUCCCACUCGCCAUGGAUUCCCGCACAGCUUGUCCUCUGGCUCCAAGCACAGCAACAGCUUGCGAAGUAACAGUUUGCGAAGCAAUAGCCUGCGAAGCAAUAGCCUGCGAAGCAACAGCCUACGCAGCCUCAAGCGCCCGGGUACUGGCUCGAGUACUUUGAUGCACAUCCUCCCUACCUGGGCGAAGAUCUACUACCGGGCCGAUGCUCUCGGAAUCCACCCGACCUUGUCAAUGAUGGAACCCAGCCGACCGACCACAGGUCGCCCAGGAACCAGCAACUCCAGUGUCUUCAACCUCGUACCUCAUCCUCUCAACAUCCCUCGCCCUCGUUCUCCGGAUCGACCUCGUUCACCUGAACGAGUUCAUUUCGCUCAACGACGUAUCGACAGUGACCCACGGGACCCACGUGCCCACUGGGUCGCUUCCCCAGAGCCCGAGGAUGGUGAUGUAGUUGGAACACAUCGUCACCGAUUACGGCACAGUUGGUCACCGCAUCUCUUUACUGAUCGACGUACCGUUCAGCACUCUGCCAGUGCAUGGACUACUCCCUCAUUCGACUCGACAACCGAGCCCAUCUUUGGUCGCAGGAACAUUCAGGUCUACUCAUUCUGUGUGGGAUUUAUCUUCCCCCUUGCCUGGAUCAUUGCCGCCUUUAUUCCUUUGCCACCCAAACCCAAGAUGGCAUCGGAAAUGAUAGAGUCCGACGAUGAUGUGGAAAUGGCCCUCGAGUCUCAGUUGAUGGUUCUUCAACAACGACGAUACAAUAAUGCGCGGUGGUGGCGUAAUCUCAACCGGUGGAUGAUUUCCUUUGGUGUUGUGAUCAUCGUUAUCAUGAUUACACUUGCUGCUAUUGGUGCAACCACUGGCUUCUAA